AACAGCCCAUUCCGUUUUUGCCGCUCACCCAACCAACAGCUAAGCCACUGCAAGACAAUCCCAGCUAUACAUUCAUAUCGAGGAGUCGCUCAACCAUCCUCAACAGCAAUGAAGUUACUUACUGCUAAUUUUCUGACAUGUGCUGUCAAAGGCUGCAAAGCAGCCGCGUCGUCCUACCCACUGCAUUUCAAGGAUGCUGAACUCGAACUGCAAGAGGUCGACUUUCAGCCGGAAUUCAUACACAAUAUUAUCCCACGAAUUGAUUGGGAAGGUCUACGCGUAAUGGCCAAUGAGCUGGGUUUCCCUAAGAUUCCUGAUUCGAAGCCUGAAGGCGAUGCACUCAAUGAUGAGCAGACAAUGAGAGAUCUUCACAGACUGCUAUUAGAGACGCAUGUUGUGGAAGGAAGACUAUGCUGUGGCAACUGCGGUCAUGAGUAUAUGAUCAAGGAAGGAAUUGCUAAUUUCCUUCUGCCCAGCCAUCUCGCUGGUGGGAUUGAACAAGGCAUUAACUACAUGUCGAGCAUAGACGCCAUCAUAAUGGGCAAGGCACUACAUCCUCGAUAAGAGCUCUCGGCCUUCGCAAUGUACCAGAUUGUUUGACCCCAUCAUAUUAAAGCUACUUUGUUGUCUGUAUGAAAACGCCACUAUACGGCAGCUUGGAUAUGGAGUUGACCACAAAUUGCAACUGUGAGAAUAGCUCGCAUACAGGGGUUUAAAG